CUUGUUGAUGGUGAGAUCGCUGAGAAAGAUCGGAUUUUCACUGUCCGAAUGCUUCCUGCUUUUGUGGGUGUUGAAUUUUCCGAAGCAAAAUAGGAUUGUGGAUGGUGGCUUAGGGUUGUGAUCUCCUGAGCUUGAUUGGAUUUAGAUACGGUGUUCUCUCCGAUCUGUGGUUGAUCUGUUCAUGUAACGUUCUGAUUCUUGAACUGGUAGUGAGAUGAUGAUGUUAAUGUAAUCACAGGACUUCCUCGUUAGCUGGCUUGAUGUGGCCUUCGAUAACUGUUCUGAACUAUAACUGUCUGAGGCUUGGUGGCUGGAUAUUUGGAGAAGAUGUAAUGAUGUACCGUGGCAUGAGAUGGUUGGUUCGUGUCUGAAUAGCGUUCUGAUUGAUCAUGACUUUUAUGUGUGGUGGUAGGUGUUUCGUUGGUUUGAUAAUCUAGGGAAGCGGGUAAAGCAGUCUCUGGUGUUGCACCUUGCCUUUUCUUCUGUAUCAGAUGGCUGUUCCCCCCUAUGCUCAGCUUCUCCAGAUAUAGACUCGGAAGUUUAAUGCUUCUAAUCCUCAUGUUACUUGUCUUACAAGUUUGGCCUUCUGUGACACUUGGAAUUUCUACUCUUCCUGCUCUAGGGUGUUUCACAAUAAAGUAUGUGUUUUGGAGGUUCUGCAGUAGUUUGGAACCUGGAAUUGCUCAUUUUGCACUGGUCCCUGCUUCGGUUAUACUUGUUAUUUGCUAUGACCCCUGCUGUUGUCAUUUCACUUGGGUAUGCGAGUAACAAAAGUAGUUUGGUAUUUUGCAGUUAUGGCAGGUGAGGCACCAGAAGGCUCGCAGUUUGAUGCUCGUCAAUUUGACAAGAAGAUGACCGAUCUGCUCUCUAGUGAUGCUCAAGAUUUCUUCACUCCCUAUGACGAAGUCUAUGAAAGUUUUGAUGCAAUGGGAUUGCAAGAAAACUUGCUUAGGGGUAUCUAUGCUUAUGGUUUCGAGAAGCCAUCUGCAAUCCAACAGAGGGGUAUUGUCCCUUUCUGCAGGGGACUUGACGUCAUUCAGCAGGCUCAGUCAGGAACUGGGAAAACAGCAACUUUUUGCUCUGGAAUUCUGCAGCAGCUCGAUUAUAAUAUAGUUCAGUGUCAAGCUCUCGUCCUGGCUCCCACUAGGGAACUUGCUCAACAGAUCGAGAAGGUCAUGAGAGCACUUGGAGAUUAUCUUGGGGUGAAGGUCCAUGCUUGUGUAGGUGGGACCAGUGUUCGUGAGGACCAACGCAUUCUCCAAGCUGGUGUUCAUGUUGUUGUUGGUACUCCUGGUCGUGUAUUUGACAUGUUGAGGAGGCAGUCCCUUCGUCCAGAUUAUAUCAAGAUGUUUGUUCUUGAUGAAGCUGAUGAAAUGCUUUCACGUGGUUUCAAGGAUCAGAUCUAUGAUAUCUUCCAGUUGCUUCCUGCCAAUGUCCAGAUAGGCGUCUUCUCCGCCACCAUGCCUCCCGAGGCUCUUGAGAUCACCCGGAAGUUCAUGAACAAGCCAGUCAGGAUCUUAGUCAAACGUGAUGAGCUGACUUUGGAAGGUAUCAAGCAGUUCUAUGUCAAUGUCGAGAAGGAAGACUGGAAGCUCGAAACCCUCUGUGAUCUCUAUGAAACCCUAGCAAUCACCCAAAGCGUCAUUUUCGUUAAUACAAGACGAAAGGUUGACUGGCUAACUGAUAAGAUGAGAGCCCGCGACCACACCGUCUCAGCGACUCACGGUGACAUGGACCAGAACACCCGUGACAUCAUCAUGAGGGAGUUCCGGUCGGGAUCUUCACGUGUCCUGAUCACCACUGAUCUCCUGGCUCGUGGUAUUGACGUACAACAAGUGUCUCUCGUCAUUAACUAUGAUCUGCCGACUCAACCAGAGAACUACCUCCAUCGUAUUGGAAGAGGUGGAAGGUUUGGGAGGAAGGGUGUUGCCAUUAACUUUGUGACGAAGGACGAUGAGAGGAUGCUGUUUGACAUCCAGAAGUUCUACAAUGUUAUGAUCGAGGAGCUGCCUUCCAAUGUUGCUGAUCUCCUGUGAAGCGAGUAAGAGUGGAGAUUUUUUGGUGGUGCGUUGAGAAGGAAGAGAAGAGGUUUCUUGCCUUUUCUGUUGUUUCUGCAAGCACUGUUUUUAACUUGUUGCUGUCUUCUCUUCUUUUGAGUCUGUUUUACUUUUUUUAAUUUCUAGUCUUAAUCUUAAAUGUUCUCAAGGAGAUCUUACUGUUUGAAUCAGAUGAUGAUGAUGAUGAUGAUGAUGGGUCAAGUGCACUAGCUGAAAAGGGUUUUGUUUAGUGUUUUUUUGGGGGGUCAUACAUAUAUAAUAUACUUUUGUGAGGUAUUUUUUCAGUGUUGCUCCUUUGCUUCUGCUUUCUGGUGGAAUCUAGUCCUUUAUCGUGGUUUGGGUAAAUGUAAUGAAGGCACUCUAUUAGUUAAUGCAGCAAGGUUAGAGUACUUAGAUUCAAUACUCAUUCACCCUUAUCGUAAUCAAUGAUCUGAAUAUUUGAUCUUAGUUACUUAUUACGGUCUCGAGCA